UGAAUAUACCACAAAAAUGGAGAAGAGGGAUGAGAGCAGUGUGAAACUGGUAGGGUUUUGGGUUAGCCCAUUUGUUCACAGGGUGAGAUGGGCACUCAAAUUGAAAGGAGUUGAGUAUGAAUAUAUAGAGGAAGAUAUCUUCAAUAAGAGUCCUCUCCUCUCCGAGCUAAAUCCUUUGUAUAAAAAAGUGCCUGUUCUUGUUCAUGAUGGAAAGCCGCUGUCUGAUUCCUCCAUUAUACUGGAGUACGUCGAUCAGAAAUGGAGGUCCAACCCCUUGUUCCCCGACGAUCCCUACCAAAGAGCCCAAGCCCACUUAUGGGCUAGAUUUGCCGAUGAGAAGGUUCUUGAAUCAGCAUGGCUUGCUCUCUGUUCAGAAGGAAAGACGCAGGAGAGAGCAGUGAAACAAGCCAUUGAGAACCUGGAACAUGUCGAAGAGAAGCUGAAAGGGAAGAGGUUCUUCGGAGGGGACAUAAUUGGACAUGUGGACCUAAUGAUGGGAUUCAUUUCCUACAUGUUGCCUGUUUGGGAAGAGGUUGGCGGAGUGAAAAUCCUGGAUCCCCACAAAUUCCCAGCUAUAGCUGCCUGGACGAAUAAUUUCCUCAAUCAUGAAGCCAUCAAGGCUGAAUAUUUGCCACCCACUGCUGAGACCUCCACCUAUUUCCAGUGGCGACGAAAAGAAUUAAUUCCUGUCUAUGCCUCUUAUGGACAGUAGAUGGUGUAGUCAACAAAAGUCGGAAUAGAGAAUCUGAGGCUGUAUUAGAGGAUAAAUCGAAGUCCAAUUCAUUGGACUGAGUACGAGGUUUUUAAGCGUUGUAAUUUCUUGAAGCAGUACAUCUGCCUGUAUUAGUACAGAGGAUCCGUGCACCAAAAAUCUUAUCCACCCAAAAAGAUCUCUUUUUUAUAUAAAUCUUGUACGCCCCGUCUUUCUUAUUAUAAUUGUUCGUUUAGAAUUUUCAGUA